GUUCGUAGGUGUGAGCAUGAUGUUCUUGUUUCCGCUUUACUCCUCCAUGUGAUCAUUUAUGUGAGGCCACCAUCGGUAGUUUACUUGGUCAUCCCAACCUUAGCCUUCUUAUUUCUUCCACUUUCAAUACCUUCUCUUCUUACUCCACGCCUCUCUUCCAUUCUUCCCUCAAAUUUGCAGACAAGGAUUGAAGUUCAUCAAGCAAACGACACACCUUACAAUAUGGCAGAUAUUAAUGAAGUUGAACAAGUUGAACAACCUCGUGGUAAUGUCGUACUAUCCAUAAAAGAAAUGAUGGACAAGCUGCCUCCUGUUAAUGUAGAAUGUAGCAUCUUUCGAGUUCCUAAACUGUUACGCAAGAUGAAUCAUAGAGCCUAUACCCCUCAAGUCAUUUCCAUAGGUCCAUUCCACCAUCAUCGAAAAGAUUUGUUAGCCACUGAGCCAUAUAAGCUUCGACGUUGUUUGAACUUUCUAAGUCGUCUAGGUAACCAAAGGGAUUCAUUGGAGUUCCUUCAGAAAAAUACUCAAAAUUGGAUGAAAGAAGUUCGAAAUUGCUAUGCAGAACCCAUAAACAUGAAUGAUGAGAAAUUUCUUAACAUGAUGCUUGUGGAUGGUUGUUUCCUAGUAGAGUUUUUGAUACAACAUCAUAACCGACACUGCCCAAAUACAUGCUUCCAAACUCCAAACAAUUUAGAUCUUACCUUCCACCAAAGAUCUACGGAGCUAUUUACUGAUUUGAUUAUGUUGGAAAAUCAAGUCCCUUUCUUCCUUCUUGAACGUCUGUUCGGCCUCAUACCAAAUAUAACCUCUGUCUCCUUUAUAGAAUUAACAUAUAUAUUUUUUAGACGCGAACUUGUUGACAAUUAUUCUCUUUCUGAUCUAUCGUCCAUAAAACCAAAGCACUUGGUCGAUUUUUUAAGCUUCUACUUCGUCUCAAAGACGUCUCUAGAGAACAAUAAUAAUAAUCGCCCGAUAACUCCUCCAUCGAUAACUGAGCUUCACGAGGCUGGUGUCACCAUUAAGAAAGCAGAAAAUGCCAAAUGUGCAAUGAACCUAAGCUUCGAAAAGGGGAUUUUCAAGAUCCCACCUUUAAACAUUGAUGAUUUCUUCGAAUACACCCUGCGAAAUCUGAUAGCAUUUGAGCAUUUUCCCUUGGGUAAUCAAAGCAAGUGUAUCCAAUAUAUCGCAUUCAUGGAUGAUUUGAUAAGCACGGAGAAAGACGUGAAUUUACUUGUGAAAGCUGAAAUCAUAAUCAACAAUAUUGGAGGUAGUGAUAAAGAAGUUUCAAACUUGUUUAACAAUCUUUGCAAAUUUGUUGAACAACCAUGUGAUGGCGAGUUCAACAAUACCAGCAAAGCUUUACGUAAGCAUUGUGAUGGACGAUGGAACAAGGCACGAGCUUCACUUAUACAUAACUAUUGUAAUACGCCAUGGGCUAUUGUCUCCUUCUUUGCUGCAACCUUACUUAUUAUUCUAACUCUCUCUCAAACUAUAUUCUCUGGGAUAUCUGCAUUUCCUAGUAAACCUUAGAAAUCCAUAUAAUAUAGGUAUGUUUCUUUUA